GUCAUUAUAGAAUAGAUAGGCCAUCGACAUAAUAGAUUUGUCUAUAUCAAUCUCUACAUAUACACGUGAAUAAACCGGUUUUAUCGCAUAUCGAUAAGCUAAUGAUAUAAAAGCACAACGUAUAUUAGAAGUACGAAUAGACGUAGUGUUAAACUUGAGGAUUAAGCACCUCGAACGUACAACUAUAAUGCUUCUCUUGGUAUUGGGGUUUGCAGCACUGGCGGCUGCAAAGACGCCCACAUUGUCGCUUAAAAAUAGCUUAGAACCACCAUUGGACUACAUACCUGUAAACAGUGGAUCAGAUAUUAGUUCUAAAUCGUUAGCGGGAAGUAAGCCAUCUUCAAAUUAUCCUGGACCUGGUUAUCUCCUUCCGAAAUGUCCCGACGGUAGCACACCUCCAUGUGGUAAAACACCUCCCGCAAAAACUUGUCCAAAUGGUAGUCCACCUCCUUGUGAUAAUGGUCAAACACAAACUUGUCCGAACGGAAGCCCACCACCCUGUACGUGCCCAAUUCCACUCAUUGGAACACCACCAAAUUGUCGAGCACCACCUUAUCUACCGAAUAAACCUACACCCAAACCUCAAUGUGCAAAUGGAGCAGUAUGGCCAGACUGUAUAAGAAUAAAACCUGGACCCAUUCGCUGUCCACUUGGAUGGUCUGGAGACUUUUAUCCAAAUUGCACAUACCAGGCUUGUCCACCUGGCCAGGUUGGAAUUUUCCCAGACUGCAAAGUCCCUCCAGAUGUGCCAUACUGUUACAAGGAGAGAAAGUUAGGAACAUGGCCAGAUUGUUACGAUCCAUGCCCACCAUAUCAGAUGGGUCGCCCAGAUAAGGAACCAUUCUGUAGACCAAUUCCGUGCCCAGUCGGAAAAGGAUGGGUUGGUGAUUUCCAACCCAAUUGUGUGUAUACACCAAUGUGUCCUGAAGAUAAACCUGGAAUAUGGCCAGACUGCAAAGAAUUGUACUGCAAAGCAAACUUCAUCGGAACAUAUCCGGAUUGUGUAUGUAGACCAGGUUACAUUUUUAAAAGCGAAGAAAUUUGUGAAGCACCACCCGGACACCAAUAUCCUGUUGAGUAAUGUUUAGUAAUGUAAAAUUGAAUUAGAAUUA